AUGAAUCACGGCAUGUUCCAUAAUGCUGGAGAUCAGCAAUCGAAGAGCAACAUGACUCCCAAUGAGACUGGCAUUCCCGGAAUGAACAAUAAUAUGAUGCAACCAUCAGCCUUUGGGGCCGACAUUAUAAGACAAAUGCACGAGCAGCUGAAUCCUGUCAACCAAUUAUCUCAGAACAAUAAUAACAAUGCACAAGCAUCCGUUUCCAACAACUUGAUGACAAGUAAUCUCCUCAUGUCUACCCUGCAGCAACCAGGACAAAUGCCUCAGCUGCCUCAGCUGCCUCAGCAGAAUUCGAACAUAUCAGCCGAGAGCAUGUUUGCGGCCGCAAUUGCAGCGGCAAGUGGUGCCAACAACACCAACACCAACACCAACAAUAUGAAUCAUCUCAACCAAAAUGGCGUCAACAACAGCAAUGAGAUCGGUCCAAUGUCGAAUAGCCUUACUUCUGAUAUUAUCAAUUCCAAAAAUCAUGCACUAUCUUCCAAUCAGAAUGGAGCUAAUGCAGGCUUGGUACCAUCGCAACAAAUGGAUCCAGUUCCGAUGCAAGAUCCGACGCAACAACAGCAACAACAGCAACAACAGCAACAACAACAACAACAACAGAUCGAUUCAUCCUCGGGUCUGCAACAACAACAAUCGGGAAUCUCCCAACAACAUUUACAGUUGUUGCAACAACAAAGUACGCAAAUGAGUAAUACCCUCGCUGGAUUGGAAGGUCUUGAUCAAAUGCAACACUUGAACUCGUUUCAACCACAACAACCACAACAACAAGAAGUCAAUAAUCCCAAUGCUGCUACCGGAGGAGGAAAUAGCAGCAUUCCACUAAUCCACGGCCUUCAAGAACAGAUUGCGUCCCUUCAGCAACAGGUCCAGCAACAUCAGCAACAGCAAUCAUCACAGAACCAAGCACGACAGCAGCAACAGCAACAGCAACUAGCAGCCCAAUUGGAACCCAGUGGCCUCAUUCCGUCACAACAACAGCAGCAGCAGCAUCAACAGCUCCAAAUACAGCCGCAACAUCAACAGCAUCCAGCUGGACAAGGUCAAGAACAACAAAUACAAAAUCAUUCUCAGGAGCAACACCAUGAACAGCAGCAGCAUCAUCAGGCUGGACAAGGUCAAGAACAACAUCAUGGCACAAAUCAGGACCAAACACAGGAGCUUGCCGGACAGCUGCCCAUGUGGAUGAAUCAAGUGACAGGAACGGGUAGUGUACCCUUUAACUCAGCAGCAGCCUUGGGAUUAUUCCUUGGAGAAAAUCACAACAAUACCAAUGGCGGUGGGAAUACGAACAACAACAACAACAACAUUACCAGCAACGAUGCGAAUGGAAAAGGAACCAAUGCUUCUAGUGACAGUACCCCAGCAGUAGACCCUUUUGGUAGUAUUAUGGGAGGAGCUGUCCAAGCGGCGGCCAUGAACAGCAUGAUAGGUGGAGCCGUUGGAAUUGCUCCCAAUUUACUUAUGGGGGCGACAGCGUCUACAGGCAUGCCGAUCCUUGCCCAGCAAUUGCAACAGCAGCAACAACAACAUCAAAGCCAAUUGUCAUUGCAGCAACAGCAAAAUCAACUUUCCCAACAACAGACUCAAUUACAACAGCAGCAGCAACAGCAAAUGCAACGGCAACAACUACUGAAUAUUCAGCAAAGUCAAUUGGCGUCGCUGUCCGUCGGAGCAUUCGGCCAAGCCCUUAUGACCAAUAUGGGGAACAGCAACAUCAACAACAACAUCAACAACAACAUUGCAGAAAGCAACAAUUUGGGGAACAAAAUGAAUUUUCAAGCCAUGUUUCCACAGGUACCAGGUCUGAUGGGUGGUGGUGAUGGUGAUGGUGAUGGUGAUGAAGCUAUUCCACCCAACAACAACAAAGUGUCCAAGAAACAAGCACGCAAGGAAACCAAAAACAAGAGAGCCAAGAUCUUUCCGGAAAAGCUGAUGAUAGCACUCAUGGAGUACGGCUCUGAAGACUCGGUUGCUUGGCUGCCGGAUGGCAAGUCCUUUGUAAUUGUCAAUCCUGAACUGUUCUGUCAAGAGGUUCUAGACAAGAUAUUCAAGGAAACCAAGUACUCCAGCUUUGUACGGAAACUGCAUCGUUGGGGAUUUGUCCGGCUUACUAGUGGGACAGGAACCGACUGCUUCCACCAUCCGCAGUUUCAACGCAACAAGAAGGAAAUGGCGGGCAGGAUCAUUUGCGUUCCAAGAGAUUCCAAGGAAAAGGCCUCCGAUCGAAUCAUCAAGCCGCCCAGUUUGGCGGGAGUCGAAAAGUACAUCAAGGCCAAAGUAAUGAUUGGUGGAACUCAGCACAGUGAAUUGGGCAAUAUGGGCAAUAUGGUUCUGCAUGGUACUACUGAUCACCAGGCUUUAAAGCGCGGCAAACGGAAGAAACCACGAAAACAGUCACCGUCAGCUGCUGAUUUGCGAGCAGGCGUAAGACUACCACCACCCUAA